AUGAGAUUGAAACUAAUAUAUUAUUGGUAUGCCUUUAUUAAUUUUUACUAUUAUUUCCAGCAAAAAAAUGAAAAACACCGGCAGCUAUUAAAAAAUGGAAUAUUAGAUGGAGUAUCCACAUCAAAAUAUUCCAGAACUGUACCAAUUUCGAAAGAAUUAAUUGACGAAACUUUAAUAAUAUCUGACAUGUUCAAUGUUGACGAAAUGAUGGCUCUAGAAUUACUUUGCACUGCUCAAAGGGAAAUGUUUAAGCACCCCGGAUUGUCAAGAGGAUUAGUUGCUGUGCUACUUUACUAUGAUGGCAAAAGAGCAUUAAUUUACUCCCUUCGUGACCUUGUUCGAGCAACUAAUGGAAUUUCUUGGGAAACCGAUAUACCAAAAGAGAUAACAAGAUUAAUUUCGUCAUAUACGCAGAAUUUAGUCAACCAUUACAACAUUCUUGAGAGAAUCGUGAGUCUAUUAGAAGACUUUGAUAUAUCGAAGGAGAUCGUUAUAUUAACAAAAAAUCGAGCAUUAGGGUCAAAAAAACAUCAAAACCAAGUGCAACAACUUUACAACGACAUCAAAAUGGCAUUAGCAACUACUUUAUUUUAUUGGGCUGCGCAACGUGGACUUCCGAAAGGCAUCGUUGUUAAGCUAAUUAAAAAUUUGCCAAAGCUUGCACAAGCUCAAGCGUCGGGAGUAAUAGAUGAUAUAACACUAACAGCACUUUUUGCUUUACUAUACGCAUGUGAUACGAGUGCUUUACUCAAAUAUGAAACACCGACUUCUCCUUCGCAAAAUAUUCCUAUUCUAUCACAAGGAGACUUUCUACAAACUGUGUAUGAAGUUUUGGUUUCUACUAAUCAGGAUGGUCUAAACGGAAUAAUAAAAAUGGCAUUCGGUUUAGCAUUGACUGGGUUUCGACACGCAUCACAGCAGGUACCAAAUUCUGCCUCAAAAAUCAUAGUUUAUGAUGAGCAACUUAUUGAUGCAGCUAUCAACAGCAAAGUUUUUGAUUUCUUAUACUACUUUGUAUUGGACAACAGAAUUUUAUAUAGGCACGAAUUCUUUUACCGUCGUUUUCAUAUGUUAAUUACGGACUUCAUUGAAUUUAUGCAUUCUAAAGUAACCGAAUUACGAGGAAAGGCUGAUGAAACCGCUCGAGCAGUUAUGGGAUUUUUAAAAGAAGGUCUGGAGCCACCCAGCAAUUUAGACCACAGUUUUGAAAUGUUGAUGCUGUGUAUAUCCAAAUUUUAUAAAGAUAAUCGAGCCGAACUCUCGCUGUGCAUAGAAUUUUGGGAACCACUUGAUUCAACGUUCAGUUCAUUGAAAACAACUUCUCGAUCAGUGUCAUUAUUUAAGUUUAUUCGUUUAGCUGGAGAACUGUUACCAUCUACUCUGUUUGUAUCGUAUUUAAAAAUGAUAGCUGGUUUGACAAGUUGUGAAAGGUCUGCGCGUUAUACCUUCAACCUGUUGAGACAAGCUUCAGGAUUAACUGGCAGCACAGCUUUAUCCUGGGAACAUUUUUUUGGAUCUCUGAUUCAAUAUUAUUCGUAAGUAUAAUUUAUUUAC